AUGCAGUUCGAACGCGAUGCUUUGCAUCGCGACGCGUUUCAAAAACUUCGUGAGAUCUGUGAAUCUGAAGGGUUUCAAUUUCACGUGAUUGAUUUGCGUUGGGGCGUCAAUGAGGAAGCUGCUUGGGACCAGCGAACCGAGUCUCUCUGCCUUGAAGAGAUUCGGCGUUGCCGCCAAGUCUCGCCGCGUCCCAGUUUUAUCGCGCUGGUCGGUCAGCGGUACGGCUGGCGUCCUCUUCCGGUCGACCUAUCGCAAUCAGAUUGGAAUGCGUUACAAGCGACCGCGGGAGCCUUGCGUCCUUUGCUGGAUGAUUGGUAUCGGUACGAUCAAAAUAAUGUUCCUCCGGUUUACCGACUUCGCGAACGUGCAACCGAUGAUGAGCGCGAGGCUAGUUAUUGGCGGGACGAAGUUGAGAUUCCGUUACGUAACCUAUUUAGAACGUGCAUCCAGGAAACGCCAAACGGACAAUUCUCGGAUGCGAUGCUCCAGUCAGAGUUGUCGCUGACGGAAAAGGAGAUUCAACUCGGUGCAGAAUGCGCGCUGCAGGAUCAAUGGGAGGCCUUUGCCUAUUUUCGCAGUUUCCCUGAUGUCCCGCGUGACCAACUCGAUGAACCUUGGGUUGAUCGUAAUGAUGCUGGUCAGCUUGCCGACAUCGAUUCGGCUACCAAACUGCAGCGGCUACGAGAGCGCUUGCACAAAAACAAAAUGGUGACUUCACGUGACUACGAAGCUCGGCUGGUCGACGCCUCGGAAGUCAAGCAUAGGUCCGCCAAGAUUAUCAAACCUGAUACACUUGAGGCACUUAACAAUAUGGUCUUUGAUGACCUUCACGAAGCGAUCAUCAAACAAAUGGAAGCCUUUGGGAAGGUCCGACCGCUAGAUCGUGAAAUCGCCUCGCACAAAUCAUUCGCUGAAGAAAGGAUCCGCAACUAUGUUAGGCGAGAACGCGAAGAAAACGUUGCGAAAUACUACAUCAGCGGCUCGAUGGAUAAGCCGCUCGUUCUGUAUGGCGCAUCAGGAGCCGGAAAGACGAGCUUGAUGGCCAGAAUCGCCAUGACGGUUCAAAAGGAGUUUCCAGAAGAUGUUUGUGUCAGCCGAUUCAUCGGUGCUACCGGAGGCUCAGCAUCGCUGAGAUUCUUGAUUGAUUCGAUUCGUGAUGAACUAUCCGAGCGGACCUCCACGACCGUUCCCGAGAGUGUUAAAAACGAUUUAACAGCUUCGUUUCGCGCCGCGCUUUCGCUGGGAACUCGCCAACAUAAAGUGAUUGUUCUUCUUGACGCACUCGACCAGCUUUCGCCCGAGGAUAACGCAUUGAGCGCGAACUGGAUCCCGCGCGAGUUACCCGAAAAUUGUCGACUGAUUGUAACCUGCAUGACCGACUCCGACGCUACGCAUUCGGGCGCUGGUGUCUUUAACGAUUUAGCUGGGCGUCUUGAUAACGAUUCCAUCGUCGAAAUAUCCGAGCCAAACUUGAAGGAUCUGCGUUCUAUGUUGAUCGGCUGGCUCGGAAACUACGGUCGGACGUUGACCGCGAAGCAAUUAAAGGCCGUCGAAUACUCACUGACGCUCUGCCCUCGACCGCUCUUUCUUCGUGUUUUGGUCGAGCUUGCCAAAUCGUGGCAUUCAGGCAUUGAAUAUGGGGAGCUUCCCUCCUCGAUCCAUGGCAUCAUCGAAAUGUAUCUUGAUCGAGCGGUAACCGAUCAGGGGCAUGGAGACCAAUUGCUCAAUACGACGCUCGGUCUUCUCUCAGCAAGUCGAGCAGGAUUGACAGAGUCCGAAAUCUUUGGAUUGCUUAACCGCAACGAAGAAGUCCUUCGCGAAUUCAACGACAAUAGUCGUUAUCCAUACCCUGACUCUAGAGAUCAAUUGCCGCCAGUCGUUUGGUCAAGGUUAUUCUUUGAUCUAGAUUUUUUCUUGGGCAGUAGCACGGCAGCAGGAAUCAACGUCAUUCAUUUCUAUCACCGGCAACUGGCGUUCGUCGCCCAUCGCCGAUGCCUAGAACCGAAUUCGCAGCGGCUGCAUCAAUCUUUGGUGGACUACUUUGAGAUUGAGCAGACUUGGUACUCCGGAAAUCAAAUCACGCCGAAUGUGCGCCGGGCGUUUGAACUUCCUUACCAGUUGCGAAUGGUCGGAGACAAAUCUGCCCUCAGACGCAUUGAAGAAUUGUCCGUGGACACCCAACACGUAAACGCGAAAAUCGAUAUCGAGAACCAGCCUUCUGAUAAACCACAUCUCGACACGGAUCUGCUGAAUGAUUAUUACAUGCUCGAAACGAUUCCGGGAAUCGCAAUGGAACCGGCAGUCGAAUUUUUCUCUGAGCAAUUGCUAGAUCCACAGUCGCAAUUAUCGCGCCGUUUUCGCCCGGGCGAUCUUCAUUCGUUCUUGGCAUACAGGGGAGAGAGAAUCUUCUACCGACGCGUCUUGGAAACGCUUGCCAAUCUGGAUAAAGAUGGAUUGUCUACGCACGGCAAACGACUUCGUUCACGAGCUAGAGUUGACUUGGCAGGCAUGGUUCGAAGGCAAAAUCAGUUUGAUGAAGCGAGGCGUUUAUUGAGUGUUGUCGAUGAAGAUGAUGGUGAACUAUCGAACAGCGAUCUUGGCACGGCAUGGUAUGAAAUCGGUUAUGUGCACUACUUGAAAGACGAAUACUCUCAAGCGGCAGAAGCGUUUAAAAAUAGUGUGCGAUUUGCCAAAUCGGGCGAUGAUCUUGUCGGCGCAGAGAUCUCCCGCUUUUUACAACGGUGGGCGGACUUCCUGGCCGAGGAGAAACCAGAUUCGCUCAAGCAAUUUGCAGAGGGCUCAGUCAAUGCGUUGGUAACUUUCACUCAGCAACAAGACGAAGAUCCCAGAGCAUUUCGUUGGGUGAUGAACAGCUUGGCUCACGCCGUCGAUGCGGGAUACUUCUUGGGUGAUGAAUCGAGGGUGGCGAACCAUUUGCGCGACCUUCGAGCGAACCCAUGGGUCCGAGAGUUCGCUAAGCCGGAUUGGAUCUUACGUUAUGAAGCUCGCUACGCCAUGGUUCGAAGUCAGUAUAAUGAAGCAGUUGCACUCUGGAGAGAGUUCUUUAAAGCAACCGAAAUCAAUCAGGACACUGAAUCGGGAGCAAUGCCAUUUCUGGAUUUUGGGAUCGCUUUGUUAAGGUCCGGUCGGAGUGACGAGGCUCGGAAGGCAUUCUUGCAUGGGAAAAUGCUCAAUCAAAGCGGUUCGGCGAAUGCAUACUGGCAGCGGCGAAUUGACGAAGAACUCGAAAGACUGGACGAUGAGGACAGCAGCGAGGAAGGCGAAGACAAUGACCAAACGUAA